AUGUCUCAUCGUCAAGCGGUUCUCUUGGACUCUUUGUCUGCUGAACUCUCUCAACAGCUCAAGGAUCGCAUAGACAAUGUCUUGCUGGAGAUCAUACGACCAAACUUCGCGUCUCAAUUUGCGCAGGGUGCUCCCGAAUUGGCGGGAUUCCGUGAAGCCAUCGCGCAGAGCGACUCGAAGGACGACAUCGACUUUCUAUGCAGUUUCCGAGAAUUCAUUCCCACCACAAACUACGAGCCUUAUAGGCCGUUUAUAGCAAAGUUUUUGGCGGUCCCUUGCAUGGAGGCUGACGUCAAGAACAUGUUCGCCCCGGGAUUGCCCUAUUUCUUAGCCCUGACCAGCAUGGCAUCUAGGAAUGCACCAAAGUUGUUCCCAAAGUAUCGGCCUCCCCCAUAUCUUCUGCAGCAAUUUUCAUAUCAGGGGUCUUCCCCGUCAGAGGGUACCAUUUUAGCACCAUUCUCUUUGAAACAUUAUCAGGUCUUAAAAAUAGUUUGUGAGGACGGUCAGAGCUCCAAGGAUGUAGCUGUUUGCUCCGCGAGCGCCGGUAUUCUGCGAAUGGAAAUGAACUGGGACGUCGAGAAUGACGAGGAUAGACUCGAUCUAUGGGUUCCAGGAAAAGCGGAUCCAUAUGCGAUAUCUUUGGUUAAAAACUAUCGCUCUUUAUUUAUUCUGAAUGCGCUAUUUGCACUGGCGGACCAUCGAGUGUCAACCAUCCGCUUCUUAUUUGCCAAUGUGUUCGUCAUUUUUUUGCAGUACGUGGAAGAUGAAUGGCCUUUACUUGUCGAAUGCAUUGAGAAGGGUAUUAUCCCGGAUGUUGAAGACCUAGGCGAUCUGCGAGCACAUUUAGAGAGACAUCUUACACCCAACCCUGUUCGCGCUGCCAAACUUCGCGAAAUUGGGCCUCCUGUCAUCCAGGGCUGGGCAGUCUGCGUCUGGCCUGACUUGAAACAAUUUGUUGGGAUUACUGGAGGUCAGGCUGCUGUUUCUGUUCCAAAGGCACGUCGAAUUACUCACCUACUCGGACCUUCCGUUACCAUCAAGUCUCAUGGGUAUGGCUGUACAGAAUGCGGUCUCGCCAGGGUAUACCCUGAAGGUAACCCUAAUACCGACUUCAAAGUAUCAUUCAGAGAUGGGGUCGUCGAGUUUCUGGACGUGCGUUCUGACAAGCCUUCAGACCGUGUACUGUCUGCUUGGGAACUCGUAACUGGUGGAGAGUACGAGCCCGUCGUGACGACCCGCAAUGGCUUGUGGAGAUACUGCAUUUCUGAUGUUAUCACUGUUAAAGGCUUUGCUCCAGACGACGGCUUACCGAUUAUCAAUUACCUCCACAGACGGGAUGACUCGCUUAGAGUGGCAUUUGGAGCAUCGUGUACAGAGUCGCAGUUGACGGACGCGAUCGUCUCUAUCGCUGAACAAUCAAUUGGCCAGAUCACAGCUUUCACUAUUGUGCUGGACGAUCGAGACAAGCCUGUUACGUUUGGGUACUUGAUAGAGCUUGCAGGAGAACUAAGACAGGACGCGAGAAUGGCGACAAAGCAACUUUUUGACAAUCUCAUCUCAGCAAACGAUGAUUAUCGCGUGGUUGUCUGGCAAGGCAGGUCAAGAAGGCCUACCAUCCGUAUCGUGAAAAAAGGCACCUUUGCAGAGUAUCACAGGCAGAAAUGCGAGCAGACAAACAUCGCGGCAGGUCAAGUGAAGGUUCCCGCCGUCGUUUUCGAUGCAGUAAUGAAGAAAUGGUUCCUGGAGCGAGUUAUAAUGGAGUUAUAA